UACAAAAACGACGAAUCACUGUUCUUCGGCAUAUAUAUUUUCAUUAACAAACGGCUGUAGAUCUCUUGAAGAGUGCGAAAAUCGUCCCCUUUCUCUUUUUGCCUUACGUGCCAUACUACACAGCAAACAUGGUAUUCUUGGCAAGAUUUUUAGUCUUAACCCUCACCGUUGGCACGUUUUUUGAUGGCCUGCGAAGUUCCGAUGCCCUGGAGCGCCCCAACUUGGAACAGCUUAUAGACGUAUUGAGAGCGGAUGAAAUCACUGGGCUAAAAAAACGCAGUGACGACGGAAAUGGGCGUGAGUGCGUUUACUCAACAAGCACCAAGGUCGACGGGAAUGAAUGCCAAUUUGAUUACGGUUACAGAAAGGAUGGAACAUUCACUACACAGCGUUUCUACUGCACACUCUUUGAAAGCGAUAAAGGGCCAGUGAUAUCAGUUAGGAACACAAAAGAAAAAGGUCCAAGUAGAGAGUAUACAGUGAGACACAUAGACACUGAAGAGCGUUGCGGUAUUCUUACGCAUAGGGAAAACGGCGAGGAACAGUGUCAGCAAUAUGUGUGGAGUGAAUACAUUGAGAAACCAGUACCAGAUUGUGAUACAGCGUACGCCUCGAUUUGUAAAGAAGAAAAAGCACAGACUGUGUAUGAAUCAAGUUGCCAGGAAUCAUAAAUACAUACCUUCCUUUGUGUAAAGCCGGAUCAAUAAUGCAUUUUACUUCCCGAAAAAUAAACUGACGCUAUCUCAUGGCGAAAGGCACCCGCC